ACAAAAGAGUGUUGAAAGGACAUUCUGUCGGUGCUUCAUUAGCGCAGGCCUCCCUCUGUGGCCAAACCACGGCCAGCGUUUAGUGCAAUUACCCCGGCAGAGAACAACUGUCAAUCAUCCUUAAAGGGGAAGGAUUCCAAUUAUUAAACCUCUUAAGUCUUUUCCUCUCGCCAACCGGCUCUCAGCGCGGCAGGCCAGUUUUCAUGGCUUCAUCCUAAAGAUCAAGACCUCCAUAUGCUGCAGGAAUGGGACGCAUCUGAGUGCUUCGGAAUUUCUGCUCACUUUUGGGCUCCACAAAAUCUUAGUUAAUGCUCGUUUUACAGUCUGAAGCAGGUGCACUGUGGGUAAAAAGUUGCGGCGUGUCAUUUGCGGCGAUGCUUGGAAGUGACGACAACCCUGUGUGAUUCUGAUGAGCCGGAAAGUUGAAGAAAAAGAUCUUUGAAAGGGAAUCUCUGCCACAAACUGGAACCAGAUUCUCUUUUGGACAUAACUUGCACACAUUUCCCCGAGGAGACUUAACAUAAGGGCAGAUUGGAUGCAUUUGUCACUGGAUAUGAUGAACAUGGUGGAUGAUGGUUGCCUCUCAACAGACAACUACCACGACCUGGGGAAAGGUGGCGCGUCGGGGAUGGGAGGCCGCGUCCACAGCAUCGACGUGAUUCUGGGCUUCAGUAAGGACCAGGAUCGUCUGCUCAACCCGGUCGGGCCUGUCGGCACACACAAAGUGGACAGAGCAGACCUGGGAGAAGAGGAGAAGCAAGUGACCUCUGACCCCUACGGUCACCUGCAAAGUCUUCCGGAUAAUUCACAGCAGUCAGCGUAUCAUGAUACUGGACUUUUCUCCACGGAGAAGUGCGACGCCGAUUUGGGAGAUCCACAGAGCAAUGUGGAGAGCGACAGCCGCUCCCCGGACCCUCCUGAUGAGGAUCAACCUAAAAAGAAACACAGACGCAACAGAACCACCUUCACCACCUAUCAGUUACACGAGCUGGAACGCGCCUUUGAGAAGUCCCACUACCCGGAUGUAUACAGUCGAGAAGAGCUGGCUAUGAAAGUCAACCUCCCAGAAGUUCGCGUUCAGGUGUGGUUCCAGAAUCGGCGUGCAAAAUGGCGGCGGCAAGAAAAAAUGGACACGGGCAGCAUGAAGCUCCACGACUCGCCCAUGCUGUCCUUCAGCCGACUGGCCAUGGCGCCCAACAUGGGGCCAAUGACUAAUUCUCUGCCUCUGGACCCCUGGUUGCCCUCGCCGCUCUCCAGUGCCACUCCUAUGCACAGCAUCCCGGGCUUCAUGGGACCAGGCCAAAGCCUCCAGCCCACCUAUACGGGUCAUCCCGGCUUUCUGAACUCUUCUCCAGGCAUGGUGCAGGGAAUGCAACCCAUGCCACCACCUCCUUACCAGUGUCCCCCUGCAUUUAAUGAAAAAUACCCUCUGGAAGACGUGGACCGCAGCUCUAGUAUCGCAGCUAUGAGGAUGAAGGCCAAGGAGCACAUUCAGUCCAUGGACAAAACCUGGCAACCCAUGUAACAGGAAAAUGGGGAGCGGUAUAUUUUAUUGGAAUCUCAUAGACACAUGGACGCAUUUUUAGAAAGGACCAGCACC